AUGAAUGAGCAAGCUGCAGAACAGGUGGCAGCUCUUGUGCCAGAAAAUUCCAACAUAGAGAAGCCAGCAAGUAGUUUCACUAUUUCGUGCACAAUUGGGAGCUACGCCUUUGCAAAGGCCUUAUGUGAUCUGGGGGCCAGCAUAAAUCUGAUGUCGCUGGAUGUGUAUACUAAAUUGGGCAUCGGCAGAGCUAGACCGACUUCUAUGCUGCUACAGCUGGCUGAUCGCACGGUAGAUGAGGAGAUACCUCUCAUUCUGGGUAGACCGUUUUUGGCGACUGGCAGAGCACUGAUCGAUUGUGAGACUAGGGAACUAAAAAUGAGACUGAACGAUGAGGAAGUCAUAUUCAAUGUUCAGCAAUCUAUGAGAAGACCCAGCGACUAUGCUAAUUGCUCUUUAGUGGAUGCAGUAGAUGUGAUUCUUCAAGAGGACAACGCGACCCUGACUGUAAAUGACCCAUUGGAUGCAUGUCUGAAAAUAUAG